GCGCACCCGGAAGUGGCGUGGGGCCCGUUGCCAUGGGGCGGCCCGGGAGGAGCAGAGCAGGGAUGGCCCAGGGGAGCUCAGAUGUUCCAGACCCCUCCGAGGUCACCGGCUGAGGCUCCACAGCUCCUGCUGCUGCCCCAUCCCACAAUGGGCAGGAUCAGCAUCUCGUGCCUGCUCCCGGCCUCGUGGCACUUCAGCCUCUCUCCCGUGGGCUGUCCCCGCGUCCUGAACGCGUCCCUGCGGCAGCUGCUGCUCCUGGGGGCGGCCGCGGCCGCGGCGGCGCUGCUGCUCUGCUCCCUGCUGGUGGUGCGGGGCAAGCACCGCGAUGGGAAAUUGCACAGGUACCUGGCCAGGGUGAGGGACACGGAGGCCACGGACACCGGGAACCCCAACCUGAGCUACGGCAUCGUGGUUGACUGCGGCAGCAGCGGCUCCAGGGUGUUCGUGUACUGCUGGCCCCGGCACAACGGCAACCCCAAGGACCUGCUGGACAUCCAGCAGAUGAGGGACAGCUCCAGGAAACCCGUGGUGAUGAAAAUCAAACCAGGAAUUUCGGAGUUUGCCGGCUCUCCCGACAAGGUCAGCGAUUACAUCUCGCCCCUGCUGAGCUUCGCUGCCGCGCACGUGCCGCGCUCCAAGCACAAGGAGACUCCUCUGUACAUCCUGUGCACGGCGGGCAUGCGGGUCCUGCCCGAGAGCCAGCAGAAAGCCAUCCUGGAGGAUCUGCUGACCGACAUCCCCGUGCACUUCGAUUUCCUCUUCUCUGACUCCCACGCUGAGGUGAUUUCUGGCAAGCAGGAAGGAGUCUAUGCAUGGAUUGGGAUCAACUUUGUCCUUGGGAGAUUCGAGCACACGGACGAUGAGGACGAGGCCGUGGUGGAGGUCCCUGGCAGCGAGCACCACGAUCCCAUUUUCCGCAAGAGAACCGUGGGGAUCCUGGACAUGGGCGGCGUCUCCACGCAGAUCGCCUACGAGGUGCCCCAGAGUGAGGAGGUGGCCAAGAGCCUGCUGGCCGAGGUGAACCUGGGCUGUGACGCGCACCAGACGGAGCACGUGUACCGCGUGUACGUGGCCACCUUCCUGGGCUUCGGCGGCAACGCCGCGCGCCGGCGCUACGAGGAGAGCCUGUUCUCCAGCAGCCUGCUCAGGAACAGGCAGAGCCCUCAGGCCCCCAUCCCAGACCCGUGCCUGCCGCGGGACGCGCAGGACGAGCUGCGGCACCGGGGGCUGCGGCUGCAGCUGCGCGGCACCGGCGACUUCCAGCUGUGCCGGGAGCGGCUGCGGCCGCUGCUGAACCGAACCAACGGCACCGGGAGCUCCCUGAACGGCGUCUCACAGCCCCCCCUGCACCUGCAGAGCAGCGAGUUCUACGGCUUCUCCGAGUUCUACUACUGCACCGAGGACGUGCUGCGCAUGGGCGGCGACUACAGCGCGGCGCGGUUCACCAAGGCUGCACAGGAUUACUGUGCCACCCGGUGGUCGGUGCUGCGGGAACGCUUCGAGCGCGGCCUCUACGCGCCCCACGCGGACCUGCACCGGCUCAAGUUCCAGUGCUUUAAGUCUGCCUGGAUGUUCGAGGUUUUCCACCGCGGCUUUUCCUUCCCGGAGAGCUACGGGAGCCUGAAGACGGCGCUGCAGGUCUACGACAAGGAGGUGCAGUGGACGCUGGGGGCCAUCCUCUACCGGACCCGCUUCCUGCCCCUCAGGGACAUCCAGCAGGAGAAUUUCCGUGGCAUUCACUCCCACUGGAGGAGCUUCUCCUUCGUCUACAACCACUACCUGUUCCUGGCCUGCUUCCUGGUGGUGCUGCUCUCCAUCCUGCUCUACCUGCUCCGCCUGCGCCGCAUCCACGCCCGGGGGCUCCCGCCCGGCGCCGCCCCCGCGCCCCUGUGGCUGCCCGAGGGGCAGAAAAUGCCGGCCUAGGCCUCAGGGGCCGCCCUCACCCACACACACCCGCAGAAAAAAGCCAUCUUCGCCUCAGGGUUCCCCCCUUUUUUUGCCCCUUUUGGAGAAGCGGGAGUUGGGAAUUCCAGGCAGGCUUGGGAGUUGCAGGGGAGUGGGGUGAUGAGGGAAAAAUGCCAAAAAGAAAAAAGAAUUUGUUGGGAAUGUUGCACUUGAGGGUGUGCGGAGUUGGGUUCCCACCUUUGGGAGAGGUUGAAAUCCCAGAAUGAGCUUGAGUUUUCCCAAUUGGAAGUGGGAUUGGAAUGAGCUUGGGUUUCCUUGCUGGAUUCCAUCCCUGCUCUCACUUUGGAGUCUCAAACAACAAAAAGUUCCAAAAGCAGGGAAAAAAUAAACAAAAAAAACCCUUUAGGAUAUUUUAUGUGAUUUUCCCUUCUGGAAUCACUCCUGGGAUGGAGUGAGUUCCCAUGUUUGGGAGAGGCUGAAAUCCCAGAUUUAGGAUUAGAUUUCCCAAUUGGAAAUGAGAAAUGGGAUUGGAAUGAGCUUUGGUUUCCUUGCUGGAUUCCAGCAUUGCCACCCCUGCUCUCACUUUGGAGUCUCAAACAACAAAAAGUUCCAAAAGCAGGACAAAAAACUUUAAAAAAAACCCCUUUUAGGACAUUUUGUGUGAUUUUCCCUUCUGGAAUCACUCCUGGGAUGGAGUGAGUUCCCACCUUUGGGAGAGGCUGAAAUCCCAGAAUUGGGAUUGGAUUUUCCAGUUGGAAAUGGGAAAAUGGGAUUGGAAUGAGCUUUGGUUUCCUUGCUGGAUUCCACCCCUGCUCUCACUUUGGAGUCUCAAACAACAGAAAGUUCCAAAAGCAGGAAAAAAAAUAAACAAACCUUUUAGGACAUUUUCUGUGAUUUUCCCUUCUGGAAUCACUCCUGGGAUGGAGUGAGUUCCCACCUUUGGGAGAGGCUGAAAUCCCAGAAUGAGCUUGAGUUUUCCCAAUUGGAAGUGGGAUUGGAAUGAGCUUGGGUUUUCCUUGCUGGAUUCCACCCCUGCUCUCACUUUGGAGUCUCAAACAACAGAAAGUUCCAAAAGCAGGAAAAAAACCAACAAAAAAACCCUUUUAGGACAUUUUAUGUGAUUUUCCCUUCUGGAAUCACUCCUGGGAUGGAGUGAGUUCCCAUGUUUGGGAGAGGCUGAAAUCCCAGAAUUGGGAUUGGAUUUUCCCAAUUGGAAAUGAGAAAUGGGAUUGGAAUGAGCUUGGGUUUCCCUUGCUGGAUUCCAGCAUUGCCACCCCUGCUCUCACUUUGGAGUCUCAACCAAGAAAAAGUUCCAAAAGCAGGACAAAAAACUUUAAAAAAAAUCCCUUAUAGGACAUUUUCUGUGAUUUUCCCUUCUGGAAUCACUCCUGGGAUGGAGUGAGUUCCCACCUUUGGGAGAGGCUGAAAUCCCAGAAUUGGGAUUGGAUUUUCCAGUUGGAAAUGGGAAAAUGGGAUUGGAAUGAGCUUUGGUUUCCUUGCUGGAUUCCACCCCUGCUCUCACUUUGGAGUCUCAAACAACAAAAAGUUCCAAAAGCAGGACAAAAA